GCUCGAGACUAUCCAUGUGAAAUCUGCCGUGAGCGAACUCCAUCUACGGCAGUGUGCCAUGUUCCUGCGGCUGCUGAUCCUUCUGUCGACUGCAGGGGUCAGCAGCAGCUUUCACCAGGACGCCUCCCUGCGCAGCUCCAAAGCCACCUUCGCUCCGCUGGGCCUCGAGGCGAGCCUCGUGCAGUCGGGGCAAGUACCGUUGACCGAGACCACCCAUCAGUCCUGGUUCUCCCGCUUGGGCGACGCCGUCGGCUCGGUGAUCCUCGGGAUCAUCUUGCUGCCCUUCUCUCUAGUGCUCAUGUGGCUGAACGAGCAGCGGAGCGCCCGCCAGGAGUGCAUCCUGCAACUGGGCAAGAACGAGGUGCAGACCACGAGCUCCAAGUCGGUGGAUUUCGACAAGCACGGCUCGUUGGUGCACCUCAAUGAUGCGGCGGCGGAGGGGAAAGAGCGCUUGGAGGACCGGCGCUUCGCCUUGAGCCUCUCCAGCGCCUUAAGACUGCGCUCCACCGUGGAGGUGUACCAGUGGGAAGAGCAGAAGCACGAGGAGAAGAAGAAGGACUCGGUGGGCGGAGGGGAGAGCGUGGUGACCACCUACAAUUACAACAAGAAGUGGUGCAGUUACACCAUCGACUCGGGGAACUUCAAGCAGCCCUCCCACCGCAACACGUUGGCGGUGGAGAACCUCAAGGUGGGCACCGAGGACUUGAACAACCCCGUGGUGAAGUACGGAGACUUCAGCAUGCCCACGGACCUGGUGACGCAGCUCUGCCACUGGGAGAGCGCCAAUGACCUGGUGAAGGGCCCUGUGAAGUUUGGGAGCUGCGAGUUCGAGCGCUCCGGGGCUUGGUUUUACUACCCCAAGCAGCGGCAACCUGAAGUCGGCGACGUCCGUGUCGCCUUCGAGCACGUGCCCAACGGUGAGGUCACCAUUAUGGCAUUGCAGUGUGAGGAUAAGGCACGCAUUGCCAGCUUCGUGCCGUACCGCCUGGUGAGCCGGGGCUUCUGCGGCAUCUCCACGGGGAAACUCCAGGAGUCUUUGCUGGCCCAGGGCAGAAAGGACCCCAGCCAGAUCUAUGAGGAGGAGUCAUGCACCAGCGGACCGCUGAAGUACCUUUGCUGCUGUUGCAACCUCAUCAACCUGGCAUUCUCGCAGAUCCCGCCUCAGAUCUUUGCGGCCUGGCACGGGCACCUGGAUCAGCGGGAGUGCUUCCAGAGCCUCGAGACGAGCGGGAUGCUGAUGAAGUGGGGCGUUCGCGGGUUGAGCUGGCUGCUGCUCUAUGCGAGCUGCUACAUGCUCUUCCAGCCCUUGCUGGUGGUCUUGGACAUCAUCCCCUUUUUAGGGCCCUAUUUGAGCUCCGGGACGAGCUUCGUGCUGUGCCUGGUCAUCUUCAUCAUCACGCUGCUGCUGGCGGCCGUGGUGGUGUCCCUAGCCUAUAUGGUCUUCCACCCCCUCAUGGGCUUGAUGUGCUUCGCAGGCGUGGCUUUGAUGUUCGGCGCCAUCGCGGCGAUGUCCAACUGGCUCCGCUGAGCGGCGCCGAGAGACUGCGAGAGACUGUGGGAAUGAGACAUGGCUGUGGCUCAAAUGGCCGUGGGUCAACACCAAUGGGAUCCCA